CAGCCUGGCUCCAAGCCAGCCCAGCGGCAGGAUCAGCAGGUCCCAGGGGCGUGGCAGUGGCCAGUAGUAGAGCCGGCCCACACCGGCUAGGCAGGCAGCAGAGUCCCUGGACGGCUGAGCGUGCGGCUGUGGGAGCUUCUGCAGGAGUGCAGUCAUGAGCCUUUUCCUUUACUAUGCCCUCCCCGCCCUCGGCAGCUAUGCCAUGCUCUCCAUCUUCUUCCUGCGCCGGCCUCACCUGCUGCACACGCCCCGGGCUCCCAACUUCCGCAUCCGCCUGGGAGCCCACCGAGGAGGAUCUGGAGAGCUGCUGGAGAACACCAUGGAGGCCAUGGAGAACUCCAUGGCCCAGCACUCGGACCUCCUGGAGCUCGACUGUCAGCUGACACGGGACAGAGUGGUUGUGGUGUCACAUGAUGAGAACCUGUGCCGUCAGUCAGGCUUGAACAGGGAUGUGAGCAGCCUGGACUUUGAGGACCUGCCCCUCUACAAGGAGGAGCUGGAGGUUUACUUCUCUCCAGGCCACUUUGCUCACGGGACAGACCGGCGCAUGGUGCGUCUGGAGGACCUGUUCCAGAGGUUCCCAAGGACACCCAUGAGCGUGGAGAUCAAAGGGAAGAACGAAGAGCUCAUCCGUGAGAUAGCAGGCUUGGUGAGGCGCUUUGACCGUAAUGAAAUCACCGUCUGGGCCUCGGAGAAGAGCUCCAUCAUGAAGAAAUGCAAGGCUGCUAACCCCGAGAUGCCCCAGUCCUUCACAAUAAGCCGAGGAUUCUGGGUGCUCCUUUCUUACUACCUGGGGCUGCUGCCCUUCAUCCCAAUCCCUGAGAAGUUCUUCUUCUGCUUCUUGCCCAACAUCAUCAACAGGACCUAUUUCCCAUUUUCCUGCUCUUGCCUGAACCAGUUGUUGGCUGUGGUUUCGAAAUGGAUGAUCAUGAGGAAGAGUCUGAUCCGACACUUGGAGGAGCGCGGGGUGCAGGUGGUCUUUUGGUGCCUUAAUGAUGAGUCAGAUUUUGAAGCCGCCUUCAGCGUGGGAGCCUCUGGCGUCAUGACGGAUUACCCCACAGCUCUGAGGCACUACCUGGACAACCAUGAACCAGCUGCCCGGACCUCCUAAGUCCAGAGGCCUCACCCUCUCCUGUUUCUCUUCCUGAAAAAUAAAUAUUUGCCUUUGGAUCACAUCGUUGUGCUGAGAGUGAGGAGUAGAGGGGUGGGUCCUGAAGAUGUCAAGAUGGCAGCUUAGGAGGGAACAGGCCAGCCCUGAGGCUGGAGCCUGGGGCUCUCAGGAGCCUGACCCACUGGUUCCACUACAUUCCCGUCAUCCUAGCACACCCUGUGUCAACCUGGCCUCCACUCUCCUCAGGAAUGUCCCCUCACUGCCAACCCAGGUGUCCUGGCCCCCAGCCACUUGACAGCGACAGAUAAUCGUUCCAUUUUCCUGAGGCCAUCAACAGCCCAGGCACAGGGCAGGGGGCUUGAUCUCUCCCAUGUCUUGCCCUGUGAGCUUCCUCCUCGUGCUGCAGAGGAUGGGCCUUGGUGGAACAGCUGAGUUCACCCAGCCCCUCUGCUGCCUCCGCCAUUCCAACCUUCUCCUCCCAGGUCUCCUUCUCCAGAAGCUCCCAGAACGCCUGUGCCCUCUCCAGCCCCAGGGCCACAUUCAUUGAAUGAACUACACAUUCACAUUUCACAGACACUUAUUGAGCGCCUCCUCUAGGCCAGGCCGGGCCCACUGCAGUGAGAAAGACAAGGGUAAGAACUGCAGAAGCGUGUUGAAACACACGUGCCCUGAGAUCAGAUCUAACCCAGCCUGGAAGACAGGGGCAUCGGAGGGGUGCCUGGAGGGAAGUGAUGUAGGAAUUGCCUGGUUCGAGGCUCUGGCUGCCAGGGGGGAUGCACCCCUCUGGCCCUUCCCUGCUAAGAGGUGAACUGAGUGUGUCCCUGGCGCUCUGGCAAAGGCCGUGGAAUGGGCCCACCCUGAGAAUUCCAGCUUCGCCCCGUACCAGCUGGAUAACCUGGGGAGCCGCGAGACCUCCCUGGGCCUCAGCCCCCGGAACAGAGGAACCAACGGGAGAAACGGCCUCACCGGAUUGAUGCGGGGAUUGAGCAGGGCUUGGGCGGCGGGCAAACGCGGGUCAUUAUGACUCUACUCCCCCGGGCGUGCGUCCCAGCGCCAUCCCUUUCUCCGCCCCGCGCCCGGCCUAGACCCUCCGACCCCGCCCCGGCGCGGACCGCGAGCAGGAAUGCUAGCAGGCCCGGGACGCGCGGGCCGCCGCCGCAUUUCCGGGCCGGCGGGUGCGGGCGGCGGGGGAGGGGCAGCCAGGACCUGCGCCGGCGGCCGAGUGACGCGCCCCCUCAUUUGCAUGCGGCGCGCCCAUUGGCCACGGCGGCCGCCGGGACGGGAGGCGGGUCCCCUCCCCCUCCCGCCGCAGCGGCGGCAGCAGCUGGGCUCGGUGUAAACAAGUCCAGGCGCCUGCGAACCCGGGCCGGGGGGGACGGCGCCCGCCAGGAGCGCCCCCCACUCCCAGGCCAGCCCACCCCGGCGGACCGGGCCCCGCGCGCCCAGGCGAGGCCUAUUUGGAUGAUUGUCACCGGAGGUAUAGCUGUGCCCACUGCCGCGCUCACCUGGCCAACCACGACGACCUCAUCUCCAAGUCCUUCCAGGGCAGUCAGGGGCGUGCCUACCUCUUCAACUCUGUGGUGAACGUGGGCUGCGGGCCAGCCGAGGAGCGGGUGCUGCUGACCGGCCUCCAUGCUGUUGCCGACAUCCACUGCGAGAACUGCAAGACCACUUUGGGCUGGAAAUAUCGAUCCUGUAGGUAGAAGCUAUUAUUAUCUCUACAGAAGAAGACAGGGAGGCCCAGAGAUGUUAGGUAACUUGGCCAAGAUCACACAACUGGAACAGGCCUUUGAGAGCAGCCAGAAGUACAAAGAGGGGAAGUACAUCAUUGAACUCAACCACAUGAUCAAAGACAACGGCUGGGACUGACCCCAGCUCCCCGACGCAUGUGGCUCCAGCCCGGCCUGGCCGCCAGGGAGCGCCACCGGCUUCCCUCUGCCCGAAGGGAGCUCUGGACCCUCAGGGCCCCUGCAGAGGACGGAUCCGGCUCCUGUACAUAUAUUUUAUUGCAUGCACUGUGACCUUGGUGGGACAUCAGAAGGGGGACGACGCCCCCGCACCUCCUGCGAUCUGGCUGGCUUGGAUCUCGUUUUUAACCCCUUCCUGCCCCGCCUGCCCUAUAGAUAUGGCCUGUGUGCUGCUCCCCUGGUCCCAGUGCACCGUCUGCUCUGUGAACUUCUCCUCCCACCAGGCCCCUCUUACCCCACGCGUGUCUGUCCCCCUCGUUCUGUAGCGUUUGUACAUAAUAAAACAAUGGAGUGGAGACA